ACUUGCAUUCAGCUCACAAAGACGUUCCGACCUAGCAAUGUUUCUGAACCAUGGCCUACAAGGUGCUUCUAGUCUCUUUGCCAUUGACAGGCUCAGCUUUGUAUCUUGCGUAUUUACACUUAACUCUCUCCCGAAAGGUGCAAUGUCAGACAACGCCUUACCUACAAGACGAGACGAUCAUCAUUCCUAGCAUCGUUAGAACGAGCCCGGAACACUUCAUCAUUCAUCAUGAGUGUGCGCGCAAGAAGAUCGCUAAAGAGUCUCUUGGAGGUUCAAAACCAGAAGAACUGCUGGUGCCGUUCCUCCGACACACGAUGACUAUAUUCUCCAUGCGUCCUCCUGCGUGGGGUAUCUGGUACAUGAUCAAACACGCUAGAGACAGAGGAACCUUUGACGCAGCAUACAUUCGGUCUCUCCGAUUCUCACCUGGUGACCGCGUCUGCGGAGUUUACGCGGUGACUUCUCGAGAGCAGGAGCGCAUUACCUUGACUCUGGAUGCGCCUGCAAGUUACAAAGGACCGCCGGUGGAGGGUGUGCUAGUAGUUGAAGUCAAAGAAGAAGGAGAUCGCGUUGCUUUCAUUAAUCAUACGGUUAUGUGGCGGGAGAGGGGGAAGGGGAGCGCUGUGGUUUUGGAAGGGAAGAUCGGAAGGUGGAUGCAUGCUUUGAUGGUAAGAGGGCUUGUGGAGGGAGGCAUACGGCGGCUGUGUAGAGAGUUUUGAGGAGAAAAAGGGAGUUUGAGAAGUGUCAACUCACACGAAAUGACGUGCGGCCAUGCCGAAGGAAGGAUGCGAGGUCGCCUUUACAGGGCAUGACAGCCUUUUGAUUCGACCACACCCUCGAAGUCAAGGCAGCUAUGUUACCUGGAAUACAAUCAAAGCUGUCCCGAUACGGAUACAUCGGGAGUGUGUGGCAGGG